GAAAAUGUUGAUUUUGUGCCAAAACUAAGACGUAUGCAGAAAACCGUUGAAACAAAAAAUAAGGAAAAGCGUUCAAAGUCAAUUAAAAGGAAAUAAAUAGACUACCUUUUCCUCAAUUUUCAAACAAAGGUGCGUUACUUGACGUGUUUUCUUUUCUUUUACUCUCCGCCAAUUCAAGACUUCUCAAAGUACUUUCUCAUCUAAAGCAAAAUGUCCGACGGAGGAUUAACGGUUUUGGACGGAUCACAGCUGAGAGCCGUCAGCCUAUCGUUACCGUCAUCGGACGGCAGCUCAGUCACCGGAGCUCAGCUUCUCGAUUUCGCUGAAUCCAAAGUCUCAGAGUCGCUCUUCGGCUUCUCAUUGCCGGAUACUCUCAAGUCCGCCGCUCUCAAACGCCUCAGCGUCGCCGAUGACCUUAAUUUCCGCCGUGAACAGCUCGAUCGUGAAAAUGCCUCGAUCAUUCUCCGAAAUUACGUCGCUGCCAUUGCAGACGAACUCCAAGAUGAUCCUAUAGUCAUUGCAAUUUUGGAUGGGAAAACUCUUUGUAUGUUUUUGGAAGAUGAAGACGACUUUGCCAUGUUGGCUGAGAAUCUUUUCACUGAUUUAGACACAGAAGAUAGAGGAAAGAUCAGAAGAAAUCAAAUACGGGAUGCUCUCAUUCAUAUGGGUGUUGAAAUGGGAAUUCCUCCUCUUUCAGAGUUUCCUAUACUAAGUGACAUUUUAAAGAGGCAUGGAGCUGAAGGAGAGGACGAACUGGGGCAAGCCCAAUUUGCACAUUUACUUCAGCCUGUGCUUCAGGAGCUGGCAGAUGCUCUUGCUAAGAACCCUGUGGUUGUAGUGCAGAAAAUCAAGAUCAAUAAUGGUUCCAAAUUAAGAAAGGUUUUGGCUGAUGAAAAGCAACUAAGUGAGACAGUAGAGAAGAUAAUGCAGGAAAAGCAGGAUGAGAAGGAUAGUCUAAGUAACAAAGAUGCCAUUCGGUGUUAUCUCGAGAAAAAUGGAGCAUCAUUGGGCUUGCCACCUCUGAAGAAUGAUGAAGUGGUGAUUCUUCUAUACGACAUUGUAUUAGGUGAUAUAGAAAAUGGAAAGACCGAUGCAGCAUCAGAUAAGGAUGAAAUCUUGGUUUUCCUGAAGGAUAUCCUUGAGAAAUUUGCAGCUCAACUUGAAGUUAACCCAACUUUCCAUGAUCUUGACAAUUGAAGUUAUAUACACCCUCUCAAGAUAAGUUAUUCCAGAAAGAUCAUAUAUAUGUAUCUUAGCCUUUGCUUUUGGUGCCAAGGCAACUUAUAGUGUUUAAUUCUUAUAUUGUAGAAUAACAAGUAUUCAUGAGACAGAUAAAUCAAACACAUUUCAUUUGCAUCUCUAUCAUUA